AUGGCAGGAGAGACACGAAGCCCAGACGGGAAUGUCUCCUACACAGAUUUCAUCCUGCUCGGAUUCUCUGGGCUGCAGGAGUUUCACCCUCUCCUCUUCAUUCCGUUCUUCUGUCUUUACCUGGUGAAUGUGGUGGCGAAUUGCACUGUUAUCUACACCAUCCAGGUGGAGGAGAGCCUGCACUCCCCCAUGUACCUGCUGAUCUCACUUCUCUCUGCCGUGGGGCUCUGCAGCACCAACGCCAUCAUGCCCCAGAUGUUGCUGGCCUUCUUGUUCCAUUCCGGCCGUGUCUCCUUGCCCAGCUGCCUGGCCCAGAUGUUCUUCAUCUACCUGAUGAUCGGAAUGGACUCUUCUGUUCUCCUGAUGAUGGCGCUGGACAGGUACGUCGCCAUCUGCAAGCCGCUGCACUACAUGAACAUUUCCAUGGUCUGCCCCAUGGUCGUUCUAGCCUCCAGGCUGCCUUUCUGCCAGUCCAACGUCAUCCAGCAUUUCGCAUGUGAGCACAUAGCCCUGGUGAGUCUGGCCUGCAGCAGCACGUCCCGCAACAGCAUCUUGGGCAUGGUGGUGGGAGCCGUCAUCCUCCUCUUCGAUACCGUCUGUAUCCUGGCCUCGUACGCCUCCAUCGUCCACACAGCCCUGCAAAUCGCCUCAGGCAGCCUACGGCGGAAAGCCUUCCACACCUGCAGCACCCAGCUGCUGGUGAUGUUUUUCAUGUACUCUUCCUUCCUCUCCUCCUCUAUCGUGUACCAGGCUGGCCAGGCCAUCUCGCAGGACGUGCAUAACCUGCUGAGCUGCAUCUACCUGCUACUCCCAUCCACCGUCAACCCCAUCAUCUAUGGCAUGAGGACAAAAGAGAUCAAGCAGCGUGUCCUGAGGUCCUUCAGGAGAAGGCAUGUCGCCGGUGCUGAGCCACAUGAGGCGUUCCCUGCUCGGGAUGACAAGGCUCUGCCCUCCGCCGCAAAGAAACAGGCCCUUGGAGCUACCGCAGAAGACAUUGGAGGAUAG